UGUAACAAAAACUGUCGAUUCAUUCCCAGCAGACAUGAGCGGAUGUGACGAAGCAGAAAAAAGCUUCGAACCCGAAACGAGGACACAACAAAUUUGCAUACAUGAACGCAAACUUGGCCGUCCUGUGUGUAGCUUAGACCAGAUGGUGAAUAUCAAGGGCGAAUCUGCCUUUUUUGUGGAAAACUGUUUGAUCUUUGUGGGUGGUUUGGUGUGGCAGGGGGUGGCAAUGAAUGAUGCUGCAGUUUAGUUCGGUUGGAACCAUCACCACCACGACCAGUGUGGUUUCGAUCUAUUCAUGAUGUAAGCUGACAAAAUGAUUCAAAUUUGCACAAUGUUCGCCAAGCUGGAGCUGGUUCAAGAUGAAAGUACGGUAACACUCUGGUUUCAAAAGUAACUAUUCAUUGUUGUUUAAUGUGGAAUUGUAGCACGCAAGUCAUGUAGCAUGUUGGAGCACGUAGCACAAACUCAAGAGACUAAUUAGCAUACGUGACCGGUGGCUAGGUGAAGAUAAUACAAUUUUACACCCAUUCGAGGGGUAGAGUCGGGCACGGCAGAACCGAGCAAGAUGUUCACCGUGGUCGUGCUUAUCGUUGCCCUGGUGCUCCUGGUUGCCCUUGAUACGGUGAAGAAGCGUCGACUGUACCCGGCCAUUCCGACAGUUUCACCGUGCUACCCACUGGUGGGAAACGUUUUAAAGUUUCAAGGACAAACCUUGGAGCAAAAGUUCCGGACGUUGACGACCAUUUUCAGCACCGUUCCGAGGCUGUUCAAACUUUGGUUGGGUCCAGUAAUGGUGGUUGGCGUUACACAUCCCGAGUUGAUCCAGAAGUUGCUCAACGAUCCGAACUGUCUGGAGAAGCCGUUCUUCUACGAUUUUCUGAACAUGAAGCAUGGCUUGAUUUCGGCUAGAAUCGAUUUUUGGAAGGUCAGUCGAAAAGUGCUCAACCCAACGAUGAACGUCAAGUUCUUGCACGAUUCGAUACCAGUGUUUGAAAAAUGUUCCCGAAACAUGGUGGACCGAAUGAAGGCCUGUCCAAAGCUCGAGGAACCCAUCGACGUCCUUCCGUUCACCAUGCAGUGCUCGCUGGAGAUGGUUUGUGCUACCACGAUGGGAGCGGAGGUUCUGGAGCGCGAAGGUAGUCAAAAGUUUAUGGAAGACACCGAAGAGUAUGUGUAUUUCAUGCUAGUGGCAUCUCGGAUAUUCAACGUCUGGCUGUACAGUGAUGUGAUUUAUCGGAAAACGAAACAAUAUCUCCUUGAGUGUCGAACUCGUGAAGCAUGUUUGGAUUUCGCUAUGAAGACCAUCAAGGUUCGUCGAGCAGCUUUGGAGUUAAAAGACCACCAACAAGAUUCAACAACAGGUCCAAAAAUCCUAAUUGACCAAGUUCUAACCAUGGAUAUCAACAAGGAGAUGAGUGAUCAAAACCUGUGCGAACAAAUCUGGACGCUGGUGGCCGCUGGAAGUGACACCGCAGCUCACGGAGUGGCCCACGCCUGUCUCAUCCUGGCCAUGUUCCCCCACCUUCAGGAAAAACUCCUGACAGAAAUCGAAUCCAUCCUCCCGUCCGACCAAACCCCCAUCACUCCGGAAGCACUCAAACACCUAACCUUCCUAGACAUGUUCUUCAAGGAAUGCCUCCGAGUGGCUCCCCUCGGUCCGAUCAUCUCGCGCAAAAAUCUAGCCCCAAUCGAGCUGGACGGAAACCGCUUCCCCCCGGGAACAAUGUUCCUAGUGAAUUUCUGUGGACUCCACCAGCGCGAGGACAUUUGGGGCCCCACCGUGGACCAGUUCGAUCCGGAGCGGUUCCUGCCGCAACGGGUACGCCUGCGGCACCCGUACUCGUAUCUGCCCUUUAGCGCUGGCUCCAGGAACUGCAUCGGCUGGAGGUACGCCAUGAUCAACACCAAGGUGAUGUUGAUCCACAUCGUGCGGAACUUUCGGUUGAGCACCAAGAUCAAGUACGAAGAGCUGCGGUUCGCGAUGGGGAUCACGCUGCACUUGGCGUUCAAGCAUUUGAUUACUUUGGAAGAUAGGAAUAGUGUCUAAAACUGAUUAU